AUGCUGAUUAACAAUGAUAACCCAGGAAGCCAUUCAUCUUAUCAUGAACCAGUGAAGAGUGAUUACUGCCUCUGCCUAGCUAUUCAUGCACCACGGAAAGGAAUCGUGGAGGUGUGGCAAAUGAGAACCGGAGGACGUAUUCUGGCGGUUCAGUGUGGGAAAGGGAGUAAAAUACUGCAACCCACAUACAGGUUUGGAUCGGUAGUGGACGACGGCUCUCCGUAUGUUCCUCUUGAAGUGUUCUUGUUGAAUGGAGAAUCUGGUCAGAUCUCGGUGUUGAAUCCAUCACUUCACUAG